AUGGCCGGAUUGGAGAAAAACGCUGAAUUCUCCGGGAAGACGAAAUCGUCGUCGACUUUGUUCAACAGGUCACUCACAAUUCACGGGAGGACAGUUGAAUCGAGCCCCAAAUCUCACAUUCUCAAUCCUUCUCUCAAUCGUACAACCUCCAUUACCAAAUUCUACAAUCCUGUUGAAUCAAUGGGAAGUUCUGUUAAAGGAAAAGUUAAGAACCUUUGUAGAUUAUUCGAAGGUUCGAAAUCGGCGAAACCAACCACGAAUGAUAGUCCUCUUCAAAAGGCGAAAUCAGGGAAAUCGCUUUUAUCCGAAUCUCGAAUAUCGCCGUUUUUGAGCUUAAACAACUCGGUGAUUCGUCUUCCGGGGACUGAAGAUAGGAUUGUGGUGUAUUUUACUAGCUUGAGAGGGAUUAGGAGGACUUAUGAGGAUUGUUAUGCAGUGAGAAUGAUAUUUAGAGGGUUUCGGGUUUGGAUAGACGAACGUGAUGUUUCGAUGGAUUCAGCUUAUAGGAAAGAGUUGCAGAUUGCAAUGGGUGAAAAGUCUGUGGCUUUGCCUCAGAUAUUCAUUAUGGGGAAGUAUGUGGGUGGUGCUGAUGUGAUCAAGAGUUUGUUCGAGAUUGGCGAGCUUGCUAAGAUUCUCAAAGAGUUUCCGGUGAGAGAGCCAGGGUUUGUGUGUCGUUGUUGUGGGGAUGUUAGAUUCCUUCCAUGUUCGAAUUGUAGUGGGAGCAAGAAACUGUUUGAUGAGGAUGAAGAUAGGCUCAAGAGAUGCCCUGAUUGCAAUGAGAAUGGAUUGAUACGUUGUCCACAUUGCUCAUCUUGA